UAGAGUUGUACCUUCUAGGCCACGUAAGUGCCUAUCUCCAAAACGUACUACCCAACAAAGCACCGAACCACACUAAUGCUUCUAACAAAGAAAAAGACAGAAACGCCCUUUUCAUAUUAAUACAUUAUAAUGUUCCUUUACAGACAUGAUUUCAAGUCAUUAAUAUAUAGAUAUUUCUGCCUCUUUCUUUUCCGAAAUUUCGAAACUUCAAAUCUUAGCAACAAUUCAGAUCAGAUAAUAAUAAAGACAUUUUCGGGGAAAAAGAAAAAGUAGCCCAAAAAUGUCGGUUUCGUUAACGGAAAACAAUAACGACAACAACAAAGUAAGUAAUAUUGGUCCCCGUGAUGAUGAGUACUACGGCUACUUCCACAGAAGCAGCAGUAGCAUAAGCGAAAUAGAGGAAGAAGACGAAGGAUCAGGAGGAGGAGUUGGAGGAAUUAUUAGCCAAAACGACGACGUUACGAGGGAUAUAAAGGAACUAUUCGAGAUCAAGAAGUUUGCGCCGAUGCCGGCCAUCGGAGAAGAACAAUCAUCGAGCGGUGCCGGCGGCGAGAAUUGCAUUUACGUGGCGGUUGGGAAAAGCACGUCGAGCAUGGACGCCUUGAAUUGGACUUUGAGACAGGUUAUGGAUCUGUCACCGGCGAUCAUCGUUUAUCUCAUUCAUAUUUAUCCUGAGAUCCGCCAAAUCCCUACUCCAUUAGGAAAGCUUCCGUUAAGUCAAGUGAGUCCAGAGCAGGUGGAGAAUUACAUGGCACAGGAAAGAGGCAAGAGAAGAGAGCUUCUAAAUACCUUCCUCCGUAAAUGUUCGUCUGCCAAUAUUAAGGUGGAUACCGUGUUGAUUGAGAGUGAUGCGCUGGCGAAGGCAAUCAUAGAUCUUGUUGCAAUUCUAAACAUAAGGAAACUCGUCAUUGGAAUCGCCAAACCCAACUUAAGGAAAUUAAGGUCAGGAAGAGGAACAGGAUUGGCUGAUCAAAUACUAAAAAGUGCACCGGAAAAUUGCGAGGUUAACAUCAUUUGCGAAGGAAACCGAGUCGAGAACAUGGACCAACCGAUCAUAAGUGAACCGCCAUCGCCAGCUCCACGUGUCAGUGUUGAUAAAUCCAAUGAUUCUGAGCAUAACUCCACAAAGUCCUUGCAAGAAGAAGAUAAACCCGAAAAGGAAGCGCCCGUCUCCUGCAUGUGUUUUAGAUCUAAAAGUUUAACUAAAAGGUAAGACUAAAUUUAUCACGAAGCGGGGAUAGCUCAGUUGGGAGAGCGUCAGACUGAAGAUCUGAAGGUCGCGUGUUCGAUCCACGCUCACCGCAUGCUUUUGUAUAUUUUUAAAACCAUUUUUUUUUGGGAAUCUUACAUUUUUUACAUAUUAUAAAUUAUAAAUAUCCUAAAGAAAGAAAACAAAAAUAUAGCACAGCCCCGAGAUAUUUUUUGGUGAUUUUAUGAAAUUUUUUCUCCCAAGAAA